CCUAAGCCUCAGUCCCGCGACCCGAGCCCGGCGCUCCAGAGAGGAGAGUGCGCCGGAGUCGGCGCCCGGACGCACCGCGCCCGCAGUGUCCGCCGCCGCGUCCUGGCCGGGCAUGGGGCGGCCCGGCUGAGCCCCGCACCUCACCGCACCCCGCUGCUGGCCCGAGCCAACCCUCCAGCCGUGGCACCGGUGCGCACGGGCGAUGGCCAAGGCGACGUCCGGCGCCGCGGAAUUGCGACUGCGACUGUGGUUGCUGCUGCUGCCGCUGCUCGGCGAAGCCCCCCUAGGCCUCUACUUCUCACGGGAUGCCUACUGGGAGAAGCUCUAUGUGGACCAGCCGGCCGGCACACCCCUGCUCUACGUGCAUGCUUUGCGGGACAUGCCUGGGGAGGUGGCCAGCUUCCGCCUGGGCCAGUAUCUGUAUGGAGUCCACCGUACCCGGCUGCACAGGAAUGACUGGAUCCGCAUCCAGGAGGACACUGGUCUCCUCUACCUCAACCGGAGCCUGGACUACAGCUCCUGGGAGAAGCUGAGCAGGCGCAAUGGUGGCUUCCCCCUGCUCACCAUCUUCCUCCAGGUGUUCCUGUCGCCCGUGUCUGUGCGUGAGGCCGAGUGCCAGUGGCCCAGCUGUGCCCACGUCUACUUCUCCUGCAUGAACUCCUCCUUCCCGGCCUGCGGCUCGAUCACACCCCGCCAGCUGUGCUUCCCGGACACUGACCUUGCCUUCCGCAUCCGGGAGAACAAGCCUUCCGGCACCUUCCACCAGUUCCGCCUGCUGCCCAUGCAGUUCCUGUGCCCUGACAUCAGCGUGGUCUAUAGCCUCCUGGGAGGUGAGAACGGACCCUUCCGCUGCGCCCCGGACAGUCUGGAGGUGAGCACGCUGUGGGCCCUGGACCGGGAACAGCGGGAGAAGUACGAGCUGGUGGCCAAGUGUACGAUGCGCAGCAUGGAGCGUGAGGAGGAGGUGAUGGUGCCCUUCUCCGUGAGCGUCUACGACGAGGACGACUCUCCGCCCACCGCCCCCGGAGGCCUGGACACCGCUGAUGCCAUAGUGGAAUACAAGCGCAAGGAGGGCACCGUGGUAGCCUUGCUGCGGGUCUUUGACGCCGAUGUGGUGCCGGCAUCCAGGGAGCUGGUGAGGCGGUACACCAGCACGCUGCUGCCCGGGGACCCCUGGGCCCAGCAGACAUUCCGUGUGGAGCAUUUUCCCAACGAGACCCUGAUUCCGGUCAACGAUACCUUCGUGCGAGCCACCAUGCACGACUACAGACUGGUUCUCAACCGCAGUGUCCCCAUCUCCGAGAGCCGCACCUUGCAGCUGGCCGUACUGGUCAACGACUCGGACUUCCAGGGCCCGGGGGCCGGCGUCCUCCUCCUGCACUUCAAUGUGUCUGUACUGCCUGUCAGUCUGCACCUGCCUAAAACCUACUCCUUCUCUGUGAGCAGAAGGGCCCGCCGUUAUGCACAGAUUGGCAAGCUGUGCGUGGAGCACUGCCGAGAACUGAGUGGCGUCCAAGUCGAAUACAAGCUGCAGCCCGCCAGCGCCAACUGCAGCGCCCUGGGAGUGGUAGCCUCGGCCGAGGACACCUCAGGGACCGUGUUUGUUCACGACGCAGAGCUCCUGCGGCAGCCCGAGUGUGCUGAGCUCCAGUACCUCGUGCUGGCCACUGACCAGCAGACCGGCCAGCAGACGCAGGCCCUGCUGCUCGUCACCGUGGAGGGGAUUUACAUGGCCGAGGAGGUAGGCUGCCCCUUGUCUUGUGCAGUCAGCAAGAGGCGGCCCGAGUGUGAGGAGUGCGGUGGCCUGGGCUCCCUGAUGGGCAGGUGUGAGUGGCGACAGGGAGACGGGAAAGGAAUCAGCAGGAACUUCUCCACCUGCUCCCCCAGCAUCAAGACCUGCCCCGACGGCCACUGUGACGCGGUGGAGAGCAAGGAUCCUCACAUAUGCCCCCAGGAUUGCCUGCGGGGCAGCAUCGUCGGGGGUCAUGAGCGCGGGCAGCCCCUGGGCAUCCGAGCCGGCUAUGGCAUCUGCAACUGCUUCCCCAAGGAGAAGAAGUGCUUUUGUGAGCCCGAGGACAGCCAGGACCCACUGUGUGAGGAGCUGUGCCGCACGGUGAUCGCCGCCGCUGUCCUCUUCUCCUUCCUCGUCUCCGUCCUGCUGUCCACCUUCUGCAUCCACCGCUACCACAAGCAUGCACACAAGCCGCCCAUCGCCUCGGCCGAGAUGACCUUCUGCAGGCCCGCCCAGGCCUUCCCUGUCAGUUACUCCUCAUCCGGGGCCCGCCGGCCCUCGCUCGACUCUAUGGAGAACCAAGUGUCCGUGAACACCUUCAAGAUGCCGGUGGAUCCCAAGUGGGAAUUCCCACGGAAGAACCUAGUUCUUGGGAAGACACUGGGAGAAGGCGAGUUUGGGAAGGUGGUCAAGGCGACAGCUUUCCGGCUGAAGGGCAGAGCUGGCUACACCACGGUGGCUGUGAAGAUGCUAAAAGAGAAUGCCUCCAACAGCGAGCUACGGGACCUCCAGUCGGAGUUCAACCUCCUGAAGCAAGUCAACCACCCCCACGUCAUCAAGCUGCAUGGUGCCUGCAGCCAGGAUGGGCCAUUACUGCUCAUCGUGGAGUACGCCAAAUAUGGCUCCCUGCGCGGCUUCCUCCGGGACAGCCGCAAGGUGGGGCCUGGCUACGUGGGUGGCGGAGGCGGCCGCAACUCGGGCUCCCUGGACCACCCGGACGAGCGGGCCCUGACCAUGGGCGACCUAAUCUCCUUCGCCUGGCAGAUCUCACGAGGCAUGCAGUACCUGGCCGAGAUGAAGCUGGUGCAUCGGGACCUGGCCGCCAGAAACAUCCUGGUGGCUGAGGGGCGGAAGAUGAAGAUCUCGGACUUUGGGCUGUCCCGGGAUGUUUAUGAGGAAGAUUCCUAUGUGAAGAGGAGCAAGGGCCGGAUUCCAGUCAAAUGGAUGGCAAUCGAGUCCCUUUUUGACCAUAUCUACACCACGCAAAGUGAUGUAUGGUCCUUUGGUGUCCUGCUGUGGGAAAUCGUGACCCUGGGGGGCAACCCCUACCCUGGGAUUCCACCUGAGCGACUCUUCAACCUCCUGAGGACUGGCCACCGCAUGGAGAGGCCAGACAACUGCAGCGAAGAGAUGUACCGCCUGAUGCUGCAGUGCUGGAAGCAGGAGCCCGACAAGAGGCCGGUGUUUGGCGACAUCAGCAAAGACCUGGAGAAGAUGAUGGUCAAGAGCAGAGACUACCUGGACCUAGCCGCAUCCACACCAUCUGACUCACUGCUCUAUGAUGACGGCCUCUCGGAAGAGGAGACGCCCCUGGUGGACUGUAACAAUGCUCCCCUCCCUCGCGCCCUCCCCUCCACAUGGAUUGAAAACAAACUCUAUGGCAUGUCAGACCCGAACUGGCCCGGAGAGAGUCCUGUACCACUCACGAGAACCGCUGGCACUAACCCUGGGUUCCCAAGAUAUGCAAAUGAUAGUGUAUAUGCUAACUGGAUGGUUUCACCCGCAGCAGCCAAACUAACGGACGCCUUUGAUAGUUAACGGUAGCUCUGGGAAAGGUAACGGACUCGCCAGGGGAAGAACCGUGCUCACAGCGGCAAGUCCACCGGCCCCCACCACCACCCCGCUGCUCCUGUGCACACCACACUGGCCAAGCCAAGUCCACACCCCAAGGUGGCAGGCUUGCUCCCGGGAGUUGGCGUUGCUGGUUGUCAAGGUGGUGUGUGCCCCAGUCGCCGAGGACUUUGCCCUUGCAGCAGACAUGGUGGCUAAGUAGUCCCAAGCACCCUGUUGGUUUGUGUCCCUCUGUGAAUGCCACGUGCAAUGUGUCCCCCUCAUGGGUCUGCCGCUCGCCCCCUUGUCUGAGACAUUGUACCUGAAUUCUUGGGGUUUCUCUGGUUGUUGCCAAACAAAGCAACGGGGAUUAGACAGGAAGCACAUACGCACACAGCAGGGGUGUACAACGAGGCCGGAAGGAAUGAGCCGUCCUUGUUCAGGCCGAGAGCCUGGUGGCACUAGCUGAUGAUGUGCCCCUUGCCACAGCUGGAGGGACACCAGGGGACCCUCUGGAAGGGGUUGGGGGAAGGGUGUAGCAUUUGAGGUCCUGAGAACAGCUCUUCCUUUUUUACGAAACAACAUGUAACCUUUCCUUAGGAAGGUGUUUGGUUUUUAUCCUGAUUCCAAUGGUUCUUAGAUUUAGCACAAUGGAAGAAGAGUCGUGGCCACCUCACCGGUGUAGAAGAGGCGUGCGAGAAGAGGGUUCCCGUCCCUGCUGGGCCCGCCGUAUCAUCCUCACACAUUCAGUCCCCAGUGACCACUGUCCCCAGGUGAGGUGAGGUGAGGCAGGAGACAGGAUGCAGAGAGGGCCGGGGGCUGGCAGUGGGGUUAAGGUGUGUGGCAGAGGUGGUCUGCAGUCCCAGAUUUACAGGUGUCUCUCAACUGCAGGGCUGCCACCAGCCUGCCCCUCCACCAACACGGCAGCAGCCAGCUUGUGUUCUGCGUUUGAAGACCCAUGCACAGGGGUCGUAUCCACUUCCUGGCGAAGGGACAGUUCAUCUGAUGGGAGCCCAGCCUGCUCCCAC